AUGUCCUGGUAUGGAAGGUUGUUUACUGGUGUUGCGAUCGCUGAAGCUUAUCAGAAAUUCAGACCAACGUAUCCCAAAGGAGUUGUAGAGCGAAUCAUAAGCUAUCUUGGACACAAGAAUCCAGGUCCUUAUGGUCUGGCCGUUGAUGUGGGAUGUGGUUCCGGUCAGAGUACUGGGAUUCUUGGCGACCACUUUGAGCAAGUCAUUGGGUGUGACAUCAGUGAAUCUCAGAUACAAAAAGCUAUUGACAGUAACCUCACACCAAACGUAGAAUAUAAAACUGGCAGUGAUAGCAAUAUACCUGCAACUGACCAUUCGGUGGAUCUCGUGACGUCAGCACAAUCAUUUCAUUGGUUUAAUCAUGAACAUUUCUAUAAAGAAGUUGACAGGGUUCUCAAGCCGAAGGGAUGCCUCGCUGUUUAUGGAUAUGGUACCGCUCAGUUCCAUAAGAACACGAACGGAAAACAACUACAGAGUGUUUUUGAUGAGUUCUACAGUAAAGAAUUAGAGGGGUUCUGGAGUAAAAGACGACGGCACAUUGAAAAUCACUUUAAACAAUUUAAGCUGCCGUAUACGGAUUUUGAAAGAGAUGAUACAUUGUCAAUUGAAAUUGACUACAGUGUUGCAGAUUUCAUGGGAUACUUAAGUUCCUGGACAGCAUACCAUAAAUAUCUCAAAGUAAAUCCACACAAACAACAUAUAUUGGUGGAAGUGGAAGAAAAGUUGAUGGGUGCGACUGGUGCUGAUACGCUACCUGAAAUGACAACAAUUAAAGUUUCAUUCCCCGUGUUUUUAUUGCUUGGAAGGAAGAAAUGACACUCGACACUUUCUAACACUCUCUGUAAGGUGACAAUUUAAUUUGUAAAUAAAAUGAAUAAAUA